AUGGCCAACCUUAACGAGGCCGUUGCUGGUGCAAGGGAGUACUAUCCUUUGAACGAGCCCAAAAUCGGCGUAGCAUUGCCCAAGACGCAGUUCCAGCAGAAUUCACAACUUCCGCUGUUGUUUCAACCAUUCAAGUCCAGGGACGUCGAGUUCAAGAACCGCAUCUUCGUGGCACCGAUGGCUUUAUACAGCGCGGAUGAUGGUCAUGCCACCGACUGGCAUCUAGUUCAUUAUGGUGGACUUGCGACUCGUGGUGUAGGUGCAAUAUGCAUAGAAGCCACGGCAGUACUUCCCGAGGGCCGUGUCUCACCUGAAGACGUAGGCUUAUGGAGUGACUCUCAUAUUGAGCCUCUCAAAAGGAUCGUGGAUUUUGCCCAUGCCCAUGAAACAGCUAUCGGCGUACAAUUGCAGCAUUCGGGUAGAAAAGGGUCGACAUAUGCGCCAUGGGUGUACGCUAACGCUGCGAGAUCGUAUAAGGCUGGGAAGUGGAUGGCUGAGGUUGAUGAGGGAGGUUGGCCUGGAGACAUUUGGGCACCAAGCGCGAUCAAAUCCUCUGAUGAUUAUCCACAGCCUAAGGAAAUGGACGAACAGCGAAUGAAGGAUGUCGAAGAAGCGUUCAUCGCAGCUGUGAAGCGGUGCGGAGAAGUAGGAUUCGACUUCAUAGAACUGCACGGUGCUCACGGCUACCUCUUGCAUAACUUCUGCUCUCCUCUUUCGAAUAUCCGAGAAGAUAUUUACGGAGGCAGCCUCGAAAAUCGUCUCCGAUAUCCUCUUCGCAUCACCGAGCGCUGUCGCGAAGCGUGGCCCUCCAGCAAGCCUCUAUUCUAUCGACUGAGCGCCACAGAUUGGGCGGAAGGGCCGGAAAGAGACAACAAUGGUAAAUGGAUGCAGUGGGGGAUCGAACAAAGCGUGCAGUUUUCGGGCGAGCUAAAGAAGCGCGGUGUCGAUUUGAUUCAUGUGUCAAGUGGAGGUCUAUGGUCCAAGCAAAAGAUACCAGUGGCGCCUGGGUACCAGGUGCACUUUGCGGAAGCUAUCAAGAGCGCUCAUCCAGAUACCCUCGUUGGAGCCGUUGGUCUUAUAGACACGCCACAAUACGCGGAGCAGAUCCUCCAGUCUAACCAGGCGGACGUAAUUUUCAUUGGACGUCCGUUUCUUAGGAACCCACAUUGGGCGAUUCAAGCAGCUGAAGACCUUGGCGUGGCCGUGAAACCAGCAAACCAGUAUGAGAGGGGGUGGACGACGAUGCUCACUCCGAAGACUUCAUCGGGUUGA